CUCGUUUGCCCUCGAAAUGGUGAUUUUGCGCAACCCGAGUCAGAAAAGCUAAUUUGUUGGACCGCCAUUAUAACAUUCUUCUACAGCUGUGUCUUACUUUAGAGAAAGGAUGGACGUGUUCUUUUCCUGGGUUCCUCUAGCUCCACUAGAAGUGUUGUACACACUUCUAUUCUGGCUGUUCGUUGUAUUCACCAUCUAUCCACCGCUUGAAUUCAUCGCAGCUGGUGUCACUUUGGAGAAUAUUUUCGGGCGAUUUUUGGGAAGCGAAAACGUCUUCUUUUUCGAAUAUCACCUACGUCGAACAGCUAUGCUGAGAGUAGUUUGUUCAUUCUAUUUACUGUUAUAUUACGGCGUCAUGCGCAGUCUAUCUCCGUCUGUCGUACUGAACAGCCCGAACAUUCAACCACCUUUCACUCUGUGGGAUUUGAUCCUAUGGACUGGGAUUGCUUCGUUCACAUUCCUGUGCUCGCACACUUAUAUUGUUUGGUACGCGCAAGGUGCGUGGUCUGGGCAUCCCACCGUGAUAUCUUUGAAGAAACUCUCCGACUCUACGAAAACCGAGGGACAGUCAUCUGACCCGCCAGAUCACAGUUGGCUGUCUUACGUUUCAAGCAUUAAUGCAGAAUGUAGACGCCCGGACAAAUUUGUUGCCAGCCAAGGUGGGCUUUCAAGCAGCUGGCCUGGUAGGAGGGUGAUUGUAACGGAUUCUUGGAUACUGACGUCCCACUUCACGAAAUUCCGUGUAGUGAAGCAAUCCUCGGACGAACUGAUAGCCGUAGUGGCAUCUGCAUCGUCUGUUUUCGACACUAACUCUUUCACAGAAGGUGGGCGUCCUGCUGGUGAGAGUUUGGGAACCCAGACAAUGGUCACUGUUCGCUUUGCCAACGUCCAUACGGGAGCUUGUAUUUUGAGCUUUGGUCUGUUGGCCUCCAACUUAGAUGCGCUGCGUUCCAAGCUUCAAUGUCCACUGAUUCAUGCUGAAGGAGUUCAACUCGAACCUACCGUGGUGCAACGGUUUAUUGAAGCAUUUACCAGGGUUGUUGAAGAGAAUGACCUUGUCAGCCCGCCUCCAGGCCUAGAUGAACUGAUCGGAAUCUUUGGAUGUCGCUGUGAGGUGUGCGAUUUUCAAGAUUGCCUGAGUCAAAGUCGGACACACGUUAGUCAUGACUUUGUUAUUUUACUUUCCACAGAUUUUGAUGGUCCGUUGUCUCUGCCAGCAUCCCCAAGUAGAAGGCCGCAGACCAACAGAUCGAACCACCCUUUGAAAGAGGUAACCCGGUCUCUUAGUUUGUCUGUUGGCACUUCAUCACAUCAGCCGUCCAAUCAUAUUCCUACUUUUCAAUCCGACAUGGAUCCACAACAUUUUCACAACGAGCCGAACUUGGACCGUUGCACGUCUGCCUCCUCAGUCACCAUCCCUGAAAAAGACAAGUGGAGGUAUACUCCCCCUAGAUCAGCUAGUGUUUCUGCUGAUUCCACUAGGGGGAUUGUGGUAGUCUGCCCGGGACCGACGCAGCGGUUGCGUAACACUGGAUCCCUGGAUUGUCUCUCUCGCCAUUCGAGACACGAUCUGAUGGAAUCAGAUUUGAAAAGACUUCGACAAAUACCCUCAUUCCUGCCACUCCGCGGUUCCUCAGCCAAUCUGUCUAGCCCCACAUCAGAAAUGUCUGAAGCAUUUGCCGGAAAACGCUAUAUUCCGCCUCUUAAAUCAGUUGAUGUAUCCAAGUUGAGAUCGCUGGUCGACGACUAUGAACAAUGUAUCCGGCGCCGUACGGAGGCAGUGUACCAGACACAAACGCGAAUAAUCGGGCUCCAAAACAAGAUCGAUUAUGAGGUUCAGCGGCUAUUGAGCUACUUGAAGGCUCGUGAAAAAGGAAUCAUCCCCAGUCCACUGAGGCACUCGAAACAGUCUGCAAGUCCGGGCUCACCAACCAGCCCCCAGACAGUGAAGCUAGCAGGCAGACAACAGAUGGAUUCGGUGGUUCUGCAAACAAGUCAAGUCUCUGGUUUGAUUGAUCAAUGCACCUCAGUAAUUGACAACCUGUGUAUUGCACUUGAGCAGCUCAACCAAUCCCUUCCCGAAUCAAAACGACUGAAGCCUCUUGAGAUUUCCUUACCGAAGCGAUAGCACGCUUUGUGGCUGUACUUCUUUUAUUACUUGGGUGAAUCCGUGUUUGUAUUUUCCGCACUGAUUACAUAUUCACUUCAGCGCCAAAACCCAACGAUUGACAGUUUUUCAUACUUUUACCCGGGCUUUAACAGCAGUGGAUUACAC